ACAAACACACACAUUAUCUGUGUGUGUGUGUGUGUGUGUGUGAAUGGAAACCUCCCUAUAAAAGCUCCUCCUGGACAAUAAGUACAUGACAAACAGAAACUCAGCACAGAACUCAGCUGCCAUGAACCUACAGCGCCUCUCCUCUCUGCUGCUCUGUGUCGUUUGCAGUGCAGUUUUCACCGUAACGACAGCUGCUGCUCACACAUCUGCACUGGGUCAUGUGACCGUGAUGUCAUCAUCGGGGGAGGGGCUUCAGAGCGCCAUGGGUGAAGAUUUGGAAUCUGAUGAUGAUCAGGAUCCAUCAGUUAUGUUCAGUGAUCCAACUUUGGUUAAAGUAACCCAAGUCAGUAAAGAAGACGAGCAGAAUCACAAACGCUCUGGGCACAAAAAGAACAAAGGAAGAAGGAAGAAUAAAAAUAUCACUCCUGUUCAGCCGAAUCACAGCCCCACCGCUGACCCCUGCCUGACCUCUCACGUGGACUACUGCAUCCACGGCCACUGCACAUACCUGCACGGCCUGAGAGAGCCUGUCUGUGUAUGUAAGAGAGGUUAUGAUGGGGAACGCUGUGGGAUCCAGCUGCUCGGGACGUCUCGAGACGAUAGCAGCACAGAAACGACCCACACCGCGCUCGUCAUUAUGGCUGUGGUCCUGUCAGUCAUCAGCUGCCUAGCCAUCCUGCUCAUGGUCUGCGUGCACUAUAGAACACAUCAACGCUUUCAGGUGGCGUUCCUGAGCUCCACCGAUGAGAGAGAGAAACUAGAGAAAAAGAACAUUGUGGUGUGAAGAGGAAGUAGAAGUCAUGCUGCUGUCACUGGUCUGGAGUGCACUACAGAUAUAUUGCACAUAGAAUAAUAUAAUAAAACCUAUUGUAAUAAUGUAUUUAUUCUUUGUACCUAUUUAUUAACAAAUUAUAUAAUUUCCUUAGUAUUUGUAAUAGUAUUUUGAUAAUAAAACAAAACUUAUGUUUAUUUGAUAUGUGAUAUUCAUGUACACCUAAGAUUUGUGUCUUUCUUUCACUCAUUUUCUUCCAUUUUCUUUUUCAGGGCAUUCUUGUAAAACAUUAAGAGUUAUAGUUAUAU